AUGGAAAUUUCACAUACCUUGACGGACAACAUCAAGUGGGAUGGUCUUGAAUUACCCGUCCGUAAUCAUUCAGCUGCUAGUGUUGUAAGCGAAUUUGCCGGCGGUAUACACGUUGGUACUUUGGCUAAGAAAACCAGCGAUGAGAUUAAAAUGGCUACCAAUGCCCGCAAAGUAGUUUACCCGAAUGCUGCGUUUACCAAGAAGCUUGAUCGUGCCAAAGUCCAUUGUCUUCUGUACUAUGAUAUGAAUUUGAGUAUGGAUAUUUUAAUAACGCUUCCCCAAACUGAGGCUGACUUGAAGAAAUUCGCAAGCCAGUUGGAAUUAUUAUCACAAUGGCGUGAUACAGUGGUAAAGCAUGCGGACGCUUUACAAAAAGAAGAUUAA